AUGGCAGGACUCAUUGAAAAGCUGACUGCCGAGGGAGAUGGUGAAUCAGCAGAGUUCUUGAACGAUAUCGUGAAAUUGCUAUGGCCCAACAUCAAUGCGGCGGGCAGCAAGAUGGUCAAGGAGAUCGUGGAGCCCAUGUUUAAGACCAUGCUUCCUGGCCCACUCAAGACUCUCCACUUUACCAAGAUCGAUCUCGGCCCAGUACCACUACGUGUGUCAAACGCAAAGACAACGAAAAGUGACGUCGAUGGCAUCAAACUCGACCUGAACGUUGACUGGGUGGGUAAGGCCGAUAUCGAGAUGGAUGCAGACAUGAUACCUGCCCUUGGAGUCGAGAGCGUUCAACUUCACGGCAGACUGUCGAUAUUACUAUGCCCACUGACAAACGUGAUUCCUCUGAUCGGAGCGGCCCAAAUAUCAUUCGUCAAUCCACCCGUCCUGAAGCUUGAUUUUACGGGCGCUGCUAACGUAGCAGACUUCUCUCUCAUUGAUGAUACCGUUCGAGGGGUGAUUCUGGGCAUCAUCAAUUCCAUGUUUACCUUGCCCAAUCGAUUCCUGCUCAAGCUCGAUGCCAACGCGGACUAUUUCAAGACCUUCCACUACCCGCUUGGUAUGGUGCGAGUGACUGUGGAAAAGGCGUGGGGCUUCGGCGAAGAGGCCAAGUCAUCCACGAGAAAGCUAUUCGACAAGUUGACACGGGCAGCUCCAGACUGCUAUGCCAAGGUGGACGUUGGUGGUGAGCCAUCCUGGCAGACAACCACAAAGAACAACACGAACAAGCCAUCCUGGAGCGAGACGCAUGAUUUUGUGGUCAGCGAUUUUGACCAGUGCAUCAAGGUCGACGUGAGAGACGAAGAUAUCAACGGAGACGAUGAUGUUGGCCUGGGAGUGACGACGGUCCGAGAGAUCUUGGUGGCCGGAGGGCAACAGGAGUUGCCAUUGGUCCUCAAAGGGAAGGAGACGGAUGGCAGGGUGGCGAUCUCAUGCCAGUUCUUCAAGUACGUGGCCGAUGCUGGCAGCCUAACCGCCUCCGACCACAAAGGCGAUGGACGCCUUUCUGGCAUCGCCACCAUCCUUGUCGCAAGUGCAUUCGGUAUCAAGGGCGCUCGCGAGACUCUGAAGCCAAGCGUCGUGGUGACUUGGGGAGCGACUCAAAAGUUCCAGACCGUCAUCAAGGCCGACGCUCCAGGUACCGACAUCAACAAUCCUUCGUUCGACCAGGCAUUCCGGAUUCCCAUCACGACGGACUUGGUGGGCAGUAGUCCAGAUAACUUUCGGAUUGCACUCAUGGACGGCGAGAAGGAAAUCGGAGCCGUCGAUGUUCCCUUUGCAAAUGUUGCGGACGCACCGGACAAAAUCUUGCAGCAGAAGUUUGACGUCGGGAAUGGUGCCACUGUCAGAGUUUCCAUUCGCUUGAGAGGAGUUGUGCCGGAAGAUAUCUCUCGAACUGCGCUUGCGGACAGACGCAAGUGA